CGUCCGAUUAUUUAUAUAAAAAUUCAUUGGCAUGCUUUUACCGCAACUUAUAGAAAAAAUAUUUGAGAAGUACGAAAAGUUACGGCAGGAACAAAAGUUUACUCCUGCUACACAAAAACAAAUAUUUGUUGAGUUGAAUGCUGUUUUUGGUGACACUUUGAAGCGUGCUUUGGGAAUCCUCGACGAACAAAUUAUAUUGAUAUACUCUACGGAAUCAGAAAUAAGGGAAAUUGUGGAAAUCGCGGAUAGAAAUAAUUCGGCUCAAGUUUAUAAAUUGUUUUCAGGCAUAAAUUUUUGCCCUUGUAAAUAUUUUGCAAGCAAUGUGCUAAAAGUCAAUAUAUUGAAUAUUUCGCCAACAUAUUCUUUUGACAAUUCACAAAACACAGACCAGGCUUACACUUGUGAGCACGUUCUAGCAUUGCGGCUAGCCAAACUGCUAUGCUCCUCUUGUGUACGUAAAGAGAUUUUAGUGGCCAAUAAGUUUAAUUUUUUGUUGCAGCAAAUGUGUAUUGACGAUUUUUAAUGCAACACUCAAAAAUU